GGGUUUAGUUUAGUGUCCGAUUGUUAGGAGCGAGAAAAGGAAACAGAGAAAGGGGUUUUUGUGAUUGAAUUGGGGAUUUAGGGAUUGUGUACAGUAGACUAGAAUGAAUUUGAAGAUGGAUUCCGAUAGAGCGAAGCUGUUCGUAGGGGGCAUUUCUCGUGAAACCACCGAAGAUGUUCUCAAAUUCCACUUCGCCAAGUACGGUACCGUUUUGGACUCCACAAUCUCCGUAGACCACAGCACCCGGUGCCCUAGAGGUUUCGGCUUCGUCACCUUCUCUGACCUCUCCGCCGCCGAUCAAGCCCUGCAAGACACGCAUGUCAUUCUCGGAAGAACGGUAGAAGUAAAGAAAGCAAUUCCAAGGAGUGAACAACAGCAACACCAAAACCAGUUACACCAUAGAGGGGGAGUUAACUAUAGUAGUAGUUGUGAUUAUAGCAGUGACACCAACGUUAGGACUAAAAAGAUUUGUGGGGGUUUACCUGCUGGUAUAUCUGAGGAGGAGUUUAAGCAAUACUUCGAGAGGUUUGGUCGAAUAACUGACGUUGUGGUGAUGCAGGACAGUGUUACUCACCGGCCCAGGGGGUUUGGGUUCAUUACGUUUGAUUCCGAGGAAUCGGUUCAAAGCGUUAUGGUGAAAAGUUUUCAUGACUUGAAUGGUAGACAAGUAGAAGUCAAGAGGGCUGUUCCCAAGGAGGGCAACCAUGGGUAUGAUGGUUUUAGUAAAUUGAGAAGUAAGAGUGAAAGAGGAGUUCCUAAAAGUUUUCCUCCUUACAGUCCUAGGAACAUGCUUCCGGGUCUUGUUCCUUUGCCGUGGUAUGGUAGUGAUGGAGUAUAUGCCUAUGGAUCUAAUGCUUACGGUUGUUGGUACCCUAUGGGUGGGUAUGGGGGGAACGGAUAUGCGAUUCCGUCUGAUGCUUCUAGGAACUUCUGGUACGGGCCGAUGAUGGCUGGUCCUCAGGCAUGUCAGGUGCCUUAUGCUAGUGCUGUUCCAAACAUUGCGUAUGUCGGGGGUAGGAUUGGAAUAGUAGGUAGUGGUGUAGGAUCUUGGGGGUAUGGUGGCAUUCUUGGGUCUGCAACAAAUUUGAAAUUUGAUCAACCUUUUAUUGGCAACGGAUUUGUUCCAGGCAACACCACAUUGCAUCAUGGUGUAAAGCAGAAUGUUGUGGACUCUUCGAGUUUCAAAGGAAGCAAUGGUGAAAUAUCUAGCUGACUGACUAAAAGGUUCCCUUGACCAUAAUUCAUGUAGGUAAAUACUCACUGACUGCUUCGGGGCUGUGAAAGAUCGCAUAUUCUUUCGCAAGAUGUUGUAAGAGUUAGUCACUCGACCUUAUUACUUUUAAUUUGUGAAGAUACCUUUUUAUGUGUCAUAAACAUGUAGUUUAGCAACUCAUCAUGUUUAGUUAUGGAGAUUUCAUGCAUCUGUAAAAUUUUCUUGCAAAUCCUUAUCUCCUAAUUCUCUUUUAAUAUUUUUA